AAAAAUCGUCACAUCCGCCCACCCGUGCCUUUUAGGACGGGCGACCCCGUCUGUCUUUCUUUUCGCACAUCAUGGCGGACCGGUUCAAUAAGGUUCUGCUCCUGGAUGGCAGGGGCCAUCUCCUUGGAAGACUUUCUGCCAUCGUGGCGAAACAGCUUCUUCUGGGGCACAAAGUGGUCGUGGUGAGAUGUGAGGGCAUCAACAUAUCGGGAAACUUCUACCGUAACAAACUGAAGUACCUGGCCUUCCUCCGCAAGAGGAUGAACACCAACCCGUCUCGUGGGCCAUACCACUUCAGGGCUCCUAGCAGGAUCUUCUGGAGGACCGUCAGAGGCAUGCUGCCCCACAAAACCAAGAGGGGACAGGCAGCCCUGGAUCGCCUGAAGGUGUUCGACGGCAUCCCCCCUCCCUACGACAAGAGGAAGCGAAUGGUCGUUCCAGCCGCCCUGAAGAUCGUGCGCCUGAAGCCCACUCGCAAGUUUGCUCUUCUUGGGCGCUUGGCCCAUGAGGUCGGCUGGAAGUACCAGGCGAUCACAGCGACGCUGGAGCAGAAGAGGAAAGAGAAGGCAAAGCUGCGCUACGCAACAAAGAAGACCACGAUCAAGCUCACAAAACUGGCUGCCAAGAACGUGGAGAGCAAGAUCUCUAAAUACACAGAUGUUCUCAAACAAUACGGAGUCCUUGUCUGAGCUGUUCCCGUCUGGAAAAUAAAGAUAGACAACUGUUUAUUACA